AUGGCGGUCGCCGUCGGAGAUGUCAACACCAAUGGUUUCCUCGUCCAGGUUAUCACUGGACGGUGGUUCGUGGUGUUCGCCUCCUUCCUUAUCAUGGCCGCAGCCGGCGCCACCUACAUGUUUAGCCUCUACUCCAGCGACAUCAAAUACACCCUGGCCUACGACCAAACCACCCUCAACCUCCUCAGUUUCUUCAAAGACCUCGGAGGCAAUGUCGGCGUCCUCUCCGGCCUCAUCAACGAGAUCACUCCCCCGUGGGUGGUCCUCGCCAUGGGUUCCCUCCUCAACUUCUUCGGCUACUUCAUGAUAUGGCUCGCGGUCACCAAAAGAAUACCCAAACCGCAGGUGUGGCACAUGUGCCUCUACAUCUGCAUCGGCGCCAACUCUCAGUCCUUCGCCAACACCGGCUCCCUCGUCACGUGCGUCAAGAACUUCCCCGAGAGCCGUGGCGUCGUGUUGGGUAUCCUCAAAGGCUACGUGGGUCUCAGUGGAGCCAUCAUCACGCAACUCUACUAUGCCUUCUACUACGACGAUUCCAGGUCCUUGAUUUUGCUCAUAGCCUGGCUCCCAGCUGCUAUCUCCUUCGCUUUCCUUCGAACCAUUCGCUACAUGAAGCCCGUUCGACAACCCAACGAGCUUAGUGUGUUCUACAAGUUCUUGUAUAUCUCACUUGGCCUAGCUGGAUUUCUCUUGCUCAUGAUCAUAGUUCAGAAAAAAGUGUCUUUCUCGCAAAGUGAGUAUGGCGUAAGUGCUGGGGUUGUGCUUCUUUUACUCUUCCUCCCUCUUGCAGUUGUUUUUGUUGAACAAUACAAAAUCAGAGAGACUCAGAAGCUAGCAUUCAUUGACCCCUCCCCGGUGAGGAUAGCAGCUGAAAGAGAGUUACAGUCAGCAAAUGGUAACUCUAACUCGGGUUUGGGUCCAGUUUCAAAUAUUGAAGAGACUAGAUGGUGGCAAAAAGUGUUUAGUCCACCGCCCAGAGGUGAGGACUAUACUAUACUUCAAGCACUGUUCAGCUGGGACAUGAUACUUGUAUUCGUCGCUGGCACGUGUGGUGUUGGGGGCACGUUGACUGCAAUUGAUAAUCUUGGUCAGAUUGGAUCCUCGCUAGGGUACUCCAAGGCUAGCAUAAGCACAUUUGUGUCGUUGGUUAGCAUUUGGAAUUACAUGGGACGUGUUUUUUCUGGGUUUGUGUCUGAACAUUUUCUGCAAAAGUACAAGUUCCCUCGACCACUCAUGCUCACGCUAACCCUGCUCUUAUCCUGCGUCGGUCAUCUUCUGAUAGCGUUCAACGUGCCCAACGGACUCUACGUGGCAUCGGUGAUCAUCGGGUUCUGCUUUGGCGCGCAAUGGCCCCUGGUCUUCGCCAUAAUUUCGGAGCUGUUCGGGCUCAAGUACUAUUCAACUUUGUACAACUUCGGCGGUGCAGCGAGCCCAAUCGGGCUUUACCUGCUGAACGUGAGGGUCACCGGCCACUUGUACGACAAAGAGGCUCUGAAGCAAUUGGCUGUGGCGGGUAUCCCAAGAAACGGUAGCCAGGAAUUGACUUGUACUGGGACCAGUUGUUUCAAGCUGUCUUUCAUAAUUAUCACUCUGGCCACCAUUUUUGGAGCCAUAAUUUCACUCAUUUUGGUGGCUAGGACUAUUCAGUUUUACAAAGGUGAUAUAUACAAGAGGUACCGUGAUCAGGUUUUGGAAACCACAUCCACCACCGCCACCACCACCACCGUCGAGAUGAAGGUGGUCCAAAACGGCGGCGAGAGAGGACAAGAAGCCACAGACCUAGUAGGGUAA